AUGGCUACCGCCGACAGAGUGUCCAGAUCCAGGACCUCUCCAUUCCUGACCCUGCCGCAGCUUGACCUUGGUCUGCAAGGCGACAGCACACGCGAGCCACCGCAACCAAGUCCCUCGAUCCCUGAUGCUGCACCUUCGGUCCCAUCUCCCUCGCCGCACAGAGACGCGCACAAGCGCUUCCUGAGUCCAGAUGAAUGGGCUCGAGUCGCACAUGCCAUCGGGGCAAUCGAGGACCUGGAGCACCAGGCCCCUAUCCAUCCUACCUCGUGGUGUUUCCCUCCCAAGGGGCUUCCGUCUGGUCUGUACAGAGACGUCGUGAGUCAACGGACCAAGUAUCGCGUCCUAUUUCACUCCAUCAGCAUUUGCCGGGGGACUAUGAUGAUUGUGCAAGUCAUUCUAGGCGCGGUGUUGACGGCCUUGGGGACUGUCAAACUCGACGACGGCACCGCGAUAACCAUCAUUGCUGUUGUCCAGACUGUCAUCGCUGGCAUCUUGGCUCUCAUCCACAACAGCGGCCUGCCCGACAGGUAUAGGUCCAACAGAUUCGAGUUUGCGUAUGUCGAGGGCCACAUGAGGGAGCUGCUCGAUACCAGAAUCGUCGAAUAUGACCAGGACUUGGAUGAGAUCAUUGUCGACCUCUACGACAGGUUUGAGCGUGUCAACACAGCUGUCCAGGCCAACCAGCCCGCGAGCUAUGUAUCAAGCAAUUCCAUCGUCCGUGGUCAAUCCACUCCCAACAGUAUGCCGCACAUAAGAAAGUGUGAGAGAGAAGGCUUUGCCUUCCGACAGGGUAGCCAGUCGAGGGAUAUCAACAAAUUGUCGCAAGACUAA